AUGCGUAAUUGCCUCUGUUCCCCCUCCUGCUGCUGCUCCCAACAGCGGUGGUUGCUGUGGUACCGGGCGGAGGGAAGUAGGCGGUAACCCUCCGGACAGACACCGGUAAACAAGCCUCCUGGCUGAGCGGAACGUUCGGGCAUGAGGGACCGGCUGACUGAGCUGUCAGCGGCUAAAGCAUCUGAGGAAGAUGGAGAUUCAGUUGUCAUUAUUGAGAAGGAGCAGUUUAUGGAUGACUUUUUUCAUCAGGUAGAAGAAAUAAGGAAUCACAUUGCUAAAAUAUCGGAAAAUGUCGAUGAGGUGAAAAAGAAGCACAGCACUAUUUUAUCGGCACCAAACCCAGAAGAAAAAACAAAAGAUGAACUUGAAAGUCUUAAUAAAGAAAUAAAGAGUAUUUCCAAUAAAGUCCGAACAAAGUUAAAGGCCAUUGAGCAAACAAUUGAUCAAGAUGAGAAUGCCAACAGGUCUUCUGUGAAUUUAAGAAUAAGAAAAUCUCAGCAUACAGUAUUGUCCAGAAAGUUUGGGGAAGUUAUGAUUGCAUAUAAUGAAACCCAGAUUCAGUUUCGAGAGCGAAGCAAAGGACGAAUACAGCGUCAGCUGGAAAUAACUGGAAAAACAACCACAGAUGAUGAACUGGAGGAGAUGCUGGAGAGUGGGAACCCAUCAAUAUUCACAUCAGAUAUUAUUUUAGAUUCUCAGAUCACACGGCAGGCGUUAAAUGAGAUUGAAUCAAGACACAAGGACAUCAUGAAGUUGGAAUCAAGCAUACGCGAGUUACAUGACAUGUUCAUGGACAUUGCAAUGUUGGUGGAGACUCAGGGCGAAAUGAUAAACAAUAUUGAGAAGAAUGUGGAAAAUGCUGUUGAUUACAUUGAACAUGCCAAAGAAGAAACCAAGAAGGCUGUGAAAUAUCAGAGCAAAUCGCGCAGGAAAAUGAUCUUCAUCAUCAUCUGUGUAGUCAUCUUGCUGCUAAUUCUUGCAAUCAUCCUGGGUACAACUUUGUCAUAAUGAUUCCACCAAGAGAAGCAUCUGCCAGACCAUCUCGUCGUGCCAGCCUUGUGCCCCUUAUUUAGGUACUUGGUGGCCGCAGUGACAAAACACCUGGUGGUUUUCUUUGUAUAGGUCCUUCUCUACAAAGCAGGAGUGGGGUAAACGGCCGAAGACUAAAACGCUAGCUUUUUAUCAUGAGAGAAGUGAAGUACAGGGUCAUCUGUAUAAAAUCUUAGCAGGAUAUACUCACCAGUUCACAUAACAAAGAAAUUUUUAGGUUAAUAUAUUUUUGUCAUUCUAUGUAUAUUUAUUUAGAUCUAAGGCUGUGUUCACAUCUGAAUUAGGUCUUCCACUUUCCUGUUCCUUUAUACAAACAGAAAAAUGGAAUUCAAGCCGUGAUAGAUCUGUGGCACUGAGGACACCAGUGGCGCCCAGCGGAUUCCAUUGACUUAGAAUGAGGUCUAUCGGGUUCUGUCACUGAGUCCGUUGCCGUGCCAGAAAUAAACAGCACUGUCAGAUGUAACAGAAUUGGCACCAUAGCGGUUGUGAACUCAGCCUAGCGGCAUUAUUGUAAUCAUGUUAUGGUUUGUUCUUUACAGUCCAUUGCAACUGCAAACCUCAAAUGCUGCUGUACCCAGUGUUAAUUUUGUAUAUUGCACAUUACUGUAUUUUAGGGAAUAAUUAUGGGGUUAUUUGUCCUCCCAAACUUAUUUUUUUUUAUUUUUUUUUGUGGACUUUAAAUUUUAGCAUGACAUUGCAUACAUGAGUAAUUUUAGUUUUUUGCCCCCUCUGGAACACAUUUCAGUCCAUUAAUACCACGUCUGCACUUCUCAGUGGUGUCUGUUCCUAUUGUUUGCCUGUGAUUCACUUAAAGUGAUUGUGAUGAGUUUUAACGCUUUGGGAUAACUAUAUGGUAACAGGUCCUGUUCCCGUCUGAAUGGAAAGGCAGGUCACACAUUCCCGCUGACUCUUCUUUCAUCUGUAUGGUGCUGACAGAGACUGAAGUGCCAUACUCGACGUCUCUUCGAUGGUCCUAUACAGAAUGAAUGGAGCAGCAGCGCUGUUGGGCGACCUUUCAUUCCGUUUGUGAUUUGGUGGGGGUCUCGGAUCAGAUAGGUAUCCCCUAUCUUGUGGAUAACUUUAAAACUUGGCACAAUCUCUUUAAAGUUGUUCUGCACAUUAGAUAAAUGUCGACUAACUCAUGCUUAUGGAGUGUCUCGACUAUCCUCUUCUGUCUCAUGUCGGGGGGGGAAGGUAGGAUUGGACAUGUUGAAUUAAACCACGGCCAGGUAGAUCUAGCAACUGCUUUUUCUCCUCUCACCAGUGAAAGAAAAAAGUUUAUCGUGGAGUUGGGAAGAAUAGGCAUUCGGCUAACAUAUGGCCGGCUUUAGAGCUUUAUCAUUUUCUAUUUUAACAUAUAGUGUUAACGUAUUUUGCGUACUUUUCCUGCUGUAAGCACAUUGUGCCUGCUUUGUUUUCAUAUAUUAUUUUGCAGCCAAAAGGCUUCCAUGAGAAGAAAAAUAGCUGUAAAAGGAAAUUAGUUGUUCCACCAACCACUACAGUGCCUUGCGUUGGCUCAUGGGCCUGUCACUGGUUUGUCACCUACAAUUAUUGUUAAAAUAGACCUCUUUUAGGAUAACACUACUGUCUUCUAGUGCAAGCUAUCAAGUACAUUCAGUUAUAUGUUGGGGGGACAGUCUCCCAGUAUCUGCUGGGACAUGGACAAGACAGGUUGGAUUUAUUAGUGUGAUCUUAUUGUAUUGGCUCCAGCUACUAAUGAAAUAGCAUGAACGCCUAGCCAGAGUGCACAGUGUCUGUCCCGUGCUGUAGUGACCGUGUGGCAUCAGAGACUAUACCGUAGUUUAUCUACCAUUUUGUGUUCCAGCAAUGUAAACUCUACUGCAUCAUGCAACGACUCUUGUCCGUGUAUAUUAUGUAACUUUCCAUGGACAUUACGUAGAAGUUUGGGUCUGUGACAUAACAUGGGAAAAUUAGCAUCUACACUAUCAAAGUUAAAGGGGUUGUCUCAUCUCUCCGUUACUAAGGCGGGAUGCGACACAGUUCUGACCACCUCCAGGCUGGGAAACUGCACAGAAAUGCCAUAGCUUGUUGUGCUAUGUACCUCCCAUGCACGCCAAUGAGAUCUUCUGUUUCCCUGACAGGUGGUGGUUGGAACGGUGUCUCAUCUUGCCUUAGUAAUGGCGAGAUGAGACAUCCCUCUUAAAAUAUUGUAAAACAAGCUGUCACUUUUCCUCAGUAUGGCAGCAAGCAGUUCAACUAGCGGUGUAUAUUCACCUCCUCACCUUCCUUAUUGUAUUGUGCAAUAGAGACAGAACUUGGAUCUGUAGAUGUUGAAGAUGAGCCAUAAUGGCAGACGUGCAAAUGGGCCUAACAUUAAUGCCCUUUACGCUUGAUAGUAUAUAUGAAAGGGCAGAUUUAUCAGUAUUGUGUCUGGGACCAGUUUUCAUUAAAGAAGUUUUCCAGUGUCUAGAUAUUGAUGACCUGUCGUCCAAAUCAGUCAUCAGUAUCAGUUUGGUAGGGUUCGAACACCAGACACGCCCACGAUCAGCAGUUUUCUGGCUGCUGACUCCACUGGACACAACACACUGUAUGCAGCUGGAAGUAGGAAGCUCUGUCCAUUGUGUUGUCUCCAAAUUUUGAGUAAGGUUAUUUCCCCCCCCUGCGCGCGAUAAGCUGUAUGGGGAGACAGUGCGCAUGCGCCGUCUGCAUUCUCUUAUCCGGACCACUGCUGCUGUCUAUGGUCUUUGCCAUAGACAGCAGUGAACAUGAGAGAUGUACAGUCUCCCCGUACAGCUGGAGGGGGUUGUCGGGUCAGGACCCCCAUCAAUCUGAUAUUGAUGACCUAUAGUAAAAGUCAAUAUAGUAAAAGUCAUCAAUAGUAAAAGCCAUCAAUAGUAAAAGCCCAGGACAACCCCUUUAAUUAAACGUGUUUUAAUGGUAAAAAACAAAACACAUAACUGCAUCAAAAACUGUGAAAAAAGACAUCUAUAUUUUUCUGAUACAGUUUCCACUAUACCUGCACUGGCAAUAUACGCUUACGGUAUGUGAGGUUACAGGCAGUUAGGUUACCUUCAAGUGUUCCACAGAUGCAAAGGAGACGUAGGUAAUUUUGAAGAGAAAGCAGCGCUUGCUUCAAAUAGCUGUGUCGGCCAAUGGGCUCAUACAUUUGAAGAUGCCCCUUGGAGGCUUCAGUUGUUUGAUAAAUAUGGUGGUAGUCUCCUGAGAUGGUUUCAGGACCCUUUAGGAUGGUUUCCAUUUUUAUGGUCAAGACAUAUUGAUAAAUCUGCUCUGAGUUUAACAAUAUCUAUCUUUUAUUUGUAGCAACAUUUAGGGAUUUUUUUAUUAUUAAAUAUGUCAUAGGAUUAUUUUUUCUUUUUAUAAUGCACAUUUGAUAUUAUGUAAAAUAACUAUUAUUUGUUAAGCUUUAUUUGAUAUGAAAUGAAGUGAGGUUAAAUACUGCAGUGCAGAUGUACCUGGAAUUGACCGGUUACCCCUUUGAACCGUUAUGAUAUUUCCUUGGGUCAGCUGUGUGGUUUGCACCUUUAAGCACUGCCUUUCUUGGGGUAGGUUCACAUGUGGUGCAUAUGCUGUGGAUUGUCUGUCACAGAUUUGCAUGGAAAAUCCACAGCAUAUUACAUCACCAAGAAAGUGAUUUUACAAAAUCUCAUCUAUAAGCUGCAGAAAAAAAAUUAGCAACCUGACCUGUGGUGUGGAUUUUAAAUCCACAGCGAGUCUGUUUACGCUGUGGAUUUCGCCGUGAAAUCUGCCCCAUAUCUGCAGUAUUUUUAUGGUAUGACUUCAGCAGCAAACUUUGCAUUAGGGCCCAUUCACACGACCGUAUAUAUUUGUGUCCGCAUCCGUUCCACUAUUUUGCGGAACAGAUGCUGUCCCAUUAAUUUUAACAGGGCCGCAAAAGAUGCAGACUGCACACUGUGUUGUGCGCUUCCGCACUUCCUUUCUGUGGCCCCGCAAAAAAAGAAGUCUUGUUCUAGGCCGCAAUUGUAGAAAAGAGGCAUUUCCGUCAUAGGGCUGGCUGUGCCAUUCCGCAAAAUGCGUAACGCACGCGGCCGGUAUUAAUGCUUUGCAUAUCCGCAAAAAUGGAUAUGGUCGUCUGAAUGAGCCCUCAGUAUGUGAAUUUUUCUGCGGCAGAAUUCCAGCAGAGAGCGGACCCAUCCCAUGUGUACCUACUCUAAAACAUUUCAAAGGUGCGUAAACUGCAGUUUUCAUUUUUUUUUCCUUUUUUAUGUAAAGUUUUUCUAAAAUUCAGUGAUAUCUUUAAAUGUGAACAUUUACAAUCCUGUUUUAAUUAAGGGUUAUUCCAUUAUUGAAUUAAAUUGACAUAUCCAAUCCAAUCAUGGAUGACGAUCAUUUUAUCUGGUCUCCUAGGUAAUAUGGGUUUACUGCAUUAUUAACAGUGGAAACAUGGGUGCUUUUAACACUAUAUCACUAUGCCAAAAUGUUUAUUAAUAACCUUAUCAUGGUAUCACUAAUAUCAAUGAACAUGUAUGUGUAAGCUGUUUGGUAGGUUAUUGUGCCUUGCGUACCACUGAAGUGCACAUGUAAUGCAUCUUAUCUCACAUAUACAGUAAGCCUUAGAACACUUCCUAUAGCAUUCACACUAAGGAAUGUACGCCAGAAAACUUCUAUUCCACUGGCCUCAGAGUUUUAGUUCCCAUGCAUGAAUUGGGUGAGAAAGUUGUUUUUCUGUUUAAUACAACAGACCCCUCUUUUUAUAGGGAACCUGUAACCAGUCUGCAGGCGGCAUGUUAUAGCGCAGAAGGAGCUGCGCAGAUUGGUGUUUAUAAUUAGUGUUGAGUGAAGCAAGCUUCAGAUGCUUCAUCCGAAGUUGCUUCAUGCUUAACUUUGGAAUAAUACUGUACGGAGAUUAGUCUCAGUACAGUAUUAGAAUGUAUGGGCUCCGAUGAGCCGAAGUUAUUCACAAAGUCGCGCCUGACUUCGUUGAAUAAAUUCAAGUGGAAACCACUGUAAAACUUGAACAAAGUUUGGUUUCAAGUUUUAAAGUGGUUUUACUUUAAAGUGGUCUAACUUCGGCUCAUCAGAGCCCAUACAUUUGAAGACUGUAUGGAGACGAAUCUCUGUACAACUUGCUUAGAAUGAUGGUACGCCCAGAAUGAUCAGGGUUUUAGAUGAAUAAAAUGUGAGUAAGACAGCGUUCACACUGCAUUUGAGCCAAUUGCUGGACUUUCCAUUGGGGGUGAACAUUUGCAUACCUGACUAUUCAGUUCAAUGUGAGGAAGUCCAUUGGAUGAAUCUUUUUGAUUGGUUUCUGUUCGCUUGUGUCUUUUUUGUGGUGUGGUAGACUACUCUAAUUUGUCCUCCAAAAAGGAUGGACGUACAAAAGUCAAUCCUCAUUGAAGUGAAUGGAUCCAUCACGGCACACAUGUUAAUACCUUUGUCGGGGAUUCAGAUUUAUACUCCUAAUGGAAAGCAGAGUGGGGGGCUAAAAAUUUUAACAAUGCUGCCGGCGGGUAGGAAUGGACAUGUACAAUGUAACAGGCUCCCUUUCCAUUACUGAAUUAUUCUAAAUGACAUUCCAAGGUAAUACACUAUUGUGCAUUCACAGAGGAGUAGUCACCUCAGGUUUGGGUCGGGUAACUUUCUUUUCAGCACUAACAUAGCAACCAAUCACUGCGCAGCUUUCAUUUCACAUAGGGCACUUGAAAAACAAAAGCUGUGCUGUGAUUGGUUGCUGUGGGCAAGGAAGACAGUUUUUUUUAGUUUUUUCUUUGAUACAGUUUCAUGAAUCUAUCUAAGAGUUUCCACUUUGAAAGAAUUUUAAAUGUGUUGUCUCAUGAAGACAGCUUAUCCUCAAUUUCACAGGAUGGGUUAUAAGAUCUGAUUGCUGGGACCCCUGCUGAUCACGAGAACGAGGGCCGUUCUCCCAUGUCGGAGUAGAGCAGCGUCCACACGUGCACAUUUAGCUCUGUGGGGCUGCCAAAUAUAGUCAAGUAGUCGGCUAUCUCCGUCAUUCCUGGGGAUUGGUGGACACGCGUGUGUCUGACACUCCAUUCAAACAAGGAGCAGAGGGGUCCCAGAGGGUGGGCUCCCACUAAACAGACACCUAUCCUCCAUCCUUUGGAUAGAGGCUAAGUUGUCUUCAUGCUUUAAUGCGCUGGUUUCAGGUCCAAACCAUUAACAUUGCAUUGUCAUUUCAGCAGCUCCUUUUAGUGUAUAUACCUAUUAUAGAUUUUACUCCUUUAUUUUAUAGUUGCUUAUUUGAGAACAAGUGGCCCUUUUGUGUACAUAGAUUGGUAGGUCUAUUUGUAAAGGGCUGGUGUCAUAAUGGCGAAUUCCUCGGAUUCAUGUGUAAUUGAUUCCUUUAUUUCCUGUCCUGGCUGUAUUUUGCAGCAGCGCCAUGUUUUAGAAGAUUGUACACAUUUAGAACGGCCUAAUUCUGUGAAAUGUGAUGCUUUGUAAACUGAGUUUUAGGGGAUUAAUUCAAUUUGAUUUAUGUACUAAUACAUUUUCCUAAUAAAAAUGCACUUUACUUGCAAA